AUGAACGUCACCGAUCCAAACCUAGCUGCCACGCUGAAUGUCCUCAGCCAAACCGAGAACUAUGGCGGGUUUCCCAGCUUCUGUUCUUUGAUCAUCAUCAUAAUCCUCGACCGAUACAAAAUCAAAUUCAAUGACUUCAAAUUCCUGGUGACACUGAUGGUCUAUUUUGACUGCGUUGGCUUGCUGGUCAACUGGGCAACUCCAAUGUGGGCAACAGCGACAAUAUGCCAGUCCACAUGGCUGAAUUGGGUGGGAGAUAUGAUAUAUUCGGGCAAGGAUACGCUGUGGAUGUUCGAUCGUGACGGGGUUGCAUCUCGACAAUUCGGUUCAUUUGUCCUGGGCGAAGAGUACUUGAUGGAUGCCUUUCGCUGCGGAUUUAUUGCCUGGAAAGCCCUGCUCAUCUCGCAGCCACACAUGACUCCAAAGCUCGUUUCCAGGUUGACCAUUACGGUGAUGAUUCUGUCAUUUUUGCUAUAUCAGACCUUUAUCUGGACAACGUACAGCUUCUCGGGUCAGUAUCAAGCACGCGAUGAGCCUUCGAUGUCCGCCGCGCUGACAAUGGAGCAGGACUGGAUCACCGCGAUGGGCUCCGCCAUCAGCCUGGUGAUACUGUACAUGUACUGGUUCUCGAUUGAAGUUUCCUCGGCAAUCGCGAUGGUGUACACUCUGAGAAUGGGGGUCAAAAUCGAACUUUUGGCCCACGGCACCGAGGAAAAUCGAUUUGUGGCUCGGGUGCUGUACAAAGAGACCUGGCGCAUCUGCUGGGCAACGUUGCUGGAAUCGACAGUGUCCGGAUGUGCCAUAGCCGAGCUGGUGAAUCAGCGCAAGUAUCUCUAUCUUAAGGGAUGCCUCUUUACGCUCUCUCAAUUUAUGCUAGUGUUGACAAUGAUCGACAGUCCCGGCGGCCGAGGUGCAAGCACCACAGUUACAUCGGAGCCUGCGAGUAGAGGGACAGUCUCGACCGUGCUGCCACUGGUUGCUCAACCAUCACCCAAGGUUUGA